AUGGCUCGGAGAGCGACGAGACUGAUGAGCAUCCUGUCAUCGCGGCUGUCGUACCCAAAGCAGCUACAGCAGUACCGCAAUUUUGGAUCGCCUCCACCUCCGCCUGCUGUAUUCGUGGACAAAAACACAAGGGUCAUCUGCCAAGGCAUUACCGGCAAGAAUGGCACUUUCCACACAGAACAGGCAAUCGAAUACGGCACCAAAAUGGUUGGAGGGGUUACCCCUGGGAAGGGUGGAACAGAACACUUGGGACUUCCUGUUUUCAACUCUGUAGCAGAGGCAAAAGCUGAAACAAAGGCUAAUGCAACAGUGAUUUAUGUUCCUCCACCUUUUGCGGCUAAAGCAAUUAUGGAGGCAAUGGAGGCUGAGCUAGACUUGGCUGUUUGCAUCACUGAAGGAAUCCCUCAGCAUGACAUGGUUCGUGUCAAGGCUGCUCUUAACAAGCAGUCAAAAACUCGUCUCAUAGGUCCAAAUUGUCCUGGGAUUAUCAAGCCUGGGGAGUGUAAAAUUGGAAUUAUGCCUGGAUACAUUCACAAACCAGGACGUAUUGGAAUUGUCUCACGGUCUGGCACACUGACUUAUGAAGCGGUUUUUCAAACUACUGCUGUCGGUCUUGGACAGUCAACGUGCGUCGGAAUUGGUGGGGACCCUUUCAAUGGAACAAAUUUUGUUGAUUGCAUAGAAAAGUUCCUUGCCGAUCCUCAGACAGAAGGUAUUGUUCUUAUUGGUGAGAUAGGUGGUACAGCAGAAGAGGAUGCUGCAUCCCUUAUAAAGGAAAGUGGUACUGAAAAGCCCGUUGUUGCUUUCAUUGCUGGACUUACAGCUCCACCUGGUCGACGGAUGGGUCAUGCAGGAGCAAUUGUAUCGGGAGGGAAGGGUACAGCACAAGACAAAAUUAAGACCCUCAGAGAAGCUGGGGUAACUGUGGUCGAGUCGCCUGCAAAGAUUGGAACUGCAAUGCUUGAUGUCUUCAAACAGAGGGGUCUUGCCUGA